GCUACAGCAUCCUUCUAAUCUCCACAUUUCCACCAUGCCGGCAACAUUACCCAGAAGCACAUGGGCUUGGCAUUGCCUCACAAGUUCAAGAAUUCGAUCCCUGAUGACCCUUUUCUGCCUCAUGUGUCUUGCAGCAGGUUCUCCGGUGCAGAAAGAAGCCAAGACGUCUCAUCAUCCAGGACCAGCUCUGCCAGUGUCAAGCUCCCCACUAAGACCUGCAGCUCAUUUUCAAGUUGAUCCAUUCAUUUGGGACUCACUGACAUGGACCCCCAACAUAGACAAUGCCUUCACCCAAGGAAGCUUGAUCUUAAAGAACAACAAACUGCACAUCGAGCAAAAGGGCCUGUAUUUCAUAUACAGUCAGGUCACCUUUGGAGGAAAACAGUGUCCCCUGGACAAAAAUCUUGUUUCCCUUACUGUGAUUCUAGAGUCCACUGAACAUAAAGAUAAAAUGCAGCUUCUUCGAUCAGAUAAAACACCUUGUGAACUGUCUGGGGCCAUAUCUGCCAAUAAAGGGAGCCGAGCAGGGUGGAACAAGUCCAUUUUUCAAGCAGGUGCAUUUCAACUUAAAAAAGGAGAUAUAUUAUCUGUGGUGGUCACAGGAACAGAUUAUCUCAAGAGGGAAAAUGGGGCAACCUAUUUUGGUAUUUAUGCUUUGUAAGACCAGGGUUGCAUGAUCGACCUCCUCCAUACAUCACACAUAGAUUUCAAAGAGUUGUUUGCUUUAGACAAAAAUUGGUGAGUGUUUAGAUCAUAUAAGGGGUCCUGUGAUUAUUAACUUUCUUUGAACCAGCGUAGAGGCAUUCCAGAAGCAAGUAACUCUACGCUGGGAGACUCUCACUAUCUAUUAAAAGCAACAGCUGCCCAUUGAUUUGAAUGGGUGUUGUAGAAUCCCACUGCGGUUCCCCAGGCUAAUCCUGUAGGGUCUUGGCAAUAGGACCUUUCUAAUCAGCCAGCCAUCAGGAAACCAAAGCAGACAGACCCCUUCAAGAUAUUUAGAUGAAAAAAUGUAUAACUAUAAAGAAAAUAUCAUGUACGCCAUGAUUAUCUAGUAUAUCCUACAUUCCAAAAAUAGUGUUCUCCGAAGUUAAUCAGCAAACUCAGUAGAUAACAUAUUUAAUUGAAAGAGAUUGUCUCAUGAAGGUGGCCACUUUUGAUAUGUAACCUGCUCAUACUGCUGUAAAUGGAGCACCACCAUGGCUAAGGUAUCGAUCUUAGGAGUCUCAUAAAUUGUCUUUAUAGCAUGAAUGUUAACAUGUUAAAGGGUAAAUACAUCUAAAAACAUCUUCUAAGACAUCACAGUGACCAUUGGUGGAAUCUUCCUCUAUCAAGUCAUGUUUCUACUGGUGGAAUACUCCAUUUCCAGAGACAGAAAUCUAAGAUUAUCUCUGGAGAGAGUUGGGUGCACUCUUUGGAAACAAGAGUGCACCCAACGAUGGCAUUUUUUUGUUCGAAGGUGGAUUUCCCCUCUAAAUAUUGUAUUUGUAGGCCUUGGAAAUUAAUUGACUUAAAGGGUUUGAUUCAUCUUAGACAAUGAGGGCCCGCACCUAUAUCAGGAACAGAGCCCAGCAAAGUGGUGGCUGGAGGACUCUGGUCCAGCCACCCCCAAGCACUCUUCCCAUAGAAGUGAAUAGGAGUGUGCCACGCAUGACCGCCAACCGCUCCCAUUCACUUCUAAGGGCCCGAAGGAAAUAGCCGAGCCAGCAAAUAAAAUGCAAGGUACAAUGUCUUUAAGGUUCAAGGACAGAAACAAUUAGGGUGAACUGAUAUUACUAAGUCAUGCACAGAUUUUAAUACUUUAAUUAAUUUUUUUUAUUUUGUUUAACAAUCAGAACUGACUCCAUCUCUUAUCACUACAUACUAUGAUUUCUUCAUAUUAUUUAAUUUUGACAAAUACUUUUGUAAUAUUAUUACUUUUUAUAUAUAUAUAUAUAUUUUAUUGCCUAUUUCUAGCCAUGCGCUGCCCAUGUGCUAGGUCUGAAUGUGACACUGUGCAUGUCUUAGUCAAUAUGGAGACACCAAACAGAAGCAGAGGUGCAAGGUACAAGAGAAAAUCACACCAAGUCAAUAAAUCUGGCAAGCAUCUCCCCCAAUAUCCCAAUGUAUAGAGGCCCCUUAAAGUGUAA